ACGAAUCAGCAUGCUCCGUCGUCUCCAAUCUCGCCCUGCCUCCUGAGCCCUUAUGCGUCCGAUCCGGCGUCCUCCUCCGAUCCCCUCCUCGCCCCCUCUCCUCCUCGCCGAGCGGGCUCUGCGGACGCCAACCAGAACCCAUCUGAUUCUGUUUCGCCGCCGGCCUCAGCUGAUUGAUAACCGUGCCACUCACGCGGCGCACGAUCCUGAUACCGUUCCUGUGCCGCAUCCACUUCGUAUCUCGUCCUGCGGCGAACAUUGAUACCCACCGCCCACCGCCCGUCGAUGCACGAUGCCCCCGCCAUGGUCCGCUGCCUCGCCAACCUCAAGUCCGAGCUCGCAGCCAGGGCCGGACGAGCACGAAAGGCCGUUCGGAGUAUCCGAAGGACGGAGCAAGGAGAAGGAGCGGCAGAAGGGAGCGGUCAGGGUGGAUGUCUUGCAGGUGACCCGCGUGGACAGCGGCGAGCACCACGCGCACGCGCACGCGCAUGUGCAGUACCGGAUGUACAAGCGGAGAUGGGUGGGCGUGUGUGCGAUCAUCGUGCUCAACAUCGUCGCCGGCAUGUCCCUCGUCUGGUUCGGCCCCAUCGCCAACAACGUGGUGGAGGCGUUCGGGUUCACGCUGGACGAGGUCAACUGGCUCGGGAACGUGGUCAAUUUUACGUACCUGCCGUGUGCGGCGCUCGUCCCUGCGGUGUAUGCGAGGUUGGGCGUGAGGCGGACGUGCUACAUCGGGGCCGUGCUCCUCCUCCUGAGCGCCUGGAUCCGCUAUGCAGGGACGGCGAGCUCGCUGUCCGUCCACGGGAAAUACGCGCUGCUGAUCAUCGGGCAGAUCAUCGCGGGCGUCACGCAGCCGGUCUUUCAGGUGCUCAUCCCGGGGUAUUCGGAGCGGUGGUUCGACCUCAAGGGACGCACGACCGCGACGAUGCUCAUGUCCAUCGCGAACCCGAUUGGGAAUGCGAUCGGGCAGCUUAUUUCGCCGCUCGUGGAGACGCCGGCGCAGUCUAUAUUGGUGCUGGCGAUUAUCUAUAGCGCGGCGACGCCGUUCGUGUUCAUCGUGCUUGAUGGGCCGCCCACACCUCCCACGCAUGCUGGCGAGCAGAGGUCGCCGUCGUUCAUGUCGUUCGUGCGUGCGAUGGUGGGGAGGGAGCCGAAGGAGCGUGUGACGUACAUGACGAGGCGGGAGAGGAGUGAUUUGGUGAUUCUGGCGCUGGCGUUUGGGGUGCUGGUUGGGGUGAUCAACGCGUUUUCGAUCCUCACCGCACAGGACUUUGAGCCCUAUGGGUAUUCGGACGAUAUAUCGGGGUUGUUUGGAGCGACGAUAUUGCUGACGGGUAUCGUCGCGGCGUUCAUCACCGCGCCGCUCUUCGACAGGGUGUUCACGCACCACCUCGCGCUGACGUGCAAGUUGCUCUGCCCGUUCCUCGGCGGCGCGUGGCUCGGCCUCAUCUGGGCGGUGCGGCGGAAUGAUACGGGCGCGCUGUUUGCGCUGAUGGCGGUGAUAGGGGUGACGAGCUUGACGAUGCUGCCGGUUGCGCUGGAGCUCGCGGUGGAGCUGACAAGGAAUGCGGAUGCGAGCUCGGCGGUGCUCUGGGCUUCGGCGUGUCGGUGUGCGGCGUCGUGCUGCUUGUGUUUUUCAUACAGGGGAAGCAGCUGCGGCGCGAUGCGGAUGAGCGUGCGCAGCGCGAGGAGGAGGAGGAGGAGGAGGCCGAGCGAGGGGAGAUGCGGGAGGGCGGUGCAGGUGGGGUGAGGGGGAGUGUGGAGAGGUGGCGCCCGAGGACGAGCGAGCGGGAGCGGACGCUAGGUGGGAUUGGGGUCGGGGACGCGGAUGAUGCGAGUGAGAUGUCGAGGACGGUGACGGUGGCGA